AUAAAGCACCCUCUCCUUGCGCGAAUUCGGACACGGCCACCACACAUCCCUUCCUCUCUUUCUCCUCGAGGCUCGAGCAUUCGUGCUGCUCCGACCCCACCGCCACAGGCUCGGCGGUCCGGCGAUCUCGCUCACCGGCGGGAACAUGACUACUUCAAGGCGCCUUGCUGACAGGAAGACCGCAAAGUUCCAGAAGAACAUCACCAGGAGGGGUUCUGUGCCUGAAACCACUGUCAAGAAGGGAAAUGACUACCCUGUUGGCCCUCUAGUGCUUGGGUUCUUCAUCUUUGUCGUCAUUGGAUCAUCGUUGUUUCAGAUCAUCAGGACGGCAACCAGCGGCGGGGUGGCUUGAGAGCCGGCCCACAUCUAAUCCCCAGUAUAGAGAGUUGCUUGUUAUACAUGCAUCCAGCUAGGAUUGGGUAGCAGCUAAAAUGUUAAACGUGACAAGACUGCCCUGCAUUCCGUUCAUUUGGUGGGCCUUGAAUCUGGAACUGAACCAUAAGGCAGAAUCAUGUACCUUAUAUAAAGUGUUAAAUGGGUAACUGGAUCUCAGUGUUUCAUUUAAUCUU